CACAUUAUCACCACAGCUGCAGACCUUUAAUCUUUGUCCAGUUCAUUUUAUAUACUCUUUUAUCUAUCAAGGAUUUUUCCUCCUUUCCAAUCUUAGCAGAUAAUUUCUCACCGAUCUAUUGUCCCCCUCCUACCCCUCAACUACUAUCCCCCGCCGCCAAAAUGUCCAUCCCCAACGAAGCUAUUCAGAAGCUUUACCAAGAGAUCGAGGCCCAGUUGAUCAACUCGCAACAGCAGAUCGGCAUCUGCAAGGCCCAAAUCUCGACCAAGCAACGCGACAUCCGCCUGAUGGAGCUCACGUCGAAGGAGAUGGGAUCGUUGCCAAAGGACACCUCCGUGUAUGAAGGAGUAGGGAAGAUGUUCGUGAACGUCCCUAUGGACACAGUCGACAAGCGCAUGUCUUCCGAGACCUCCCAGCUCAAGUCGGAUAUCUCAGGCCUGGAGAAGAAACUGUACAGUUUGGAGAUGACGCACAAGAACAGCAAGGACAACAUCGGCAAGAUCUUGAACCCCGCGAACAAGUCGUGAUUGGCUGGUUUACAGCGGUUUCCCCCUGAAUUAUUCGUAUCCGACAUAUCAACAGCGGCAGGAUGGAUAUGAUAAAACACGUUGCUGCCCGAUCGGGCGGCUCUGGCGCGGCCUGUGCUUGAAGGUGUGGGUGGAUUUGAGGAUUCCGAACAGGGGAGCGUAACGCUUGCGUUUGCGGCGGUGUCGGGUACCUACAGUACUUACCUGACUUCUGCUACUACGCGCUGAACUGUCUGGCGAUCGUCCGGCUGGACCAGACGCUCGGUAGAUGUGGGCGUCUAGCAUCAGCUAGUAUAGCCUAUGGGUGUCAAUUGACUUUAUUGACAGGCGUGGUUCCAAUGAGUUAUAGUUUCAUCAUCCCUUCACCAUUUUUUUUUCUUUUGGUGUUUCAGCUAUUUUAGAAUUGAAAGAUACCAUUCCCG